AUGCAGGCGCAGCUGAAGGCGAUCGCGACUGAGGAGGGGCUAACGACGCCUUUUGACUUCACUCUCUUCCUGGAGCUGAUGCGGAAGCACUUGCGAGCCGAGCCUUUUGACCACCAACUCCGCGGCGCUUUCAAAGUUCUCGACAAAGAUUCCAUCGGCUUGGUAUUGGUCGCCUACCUCCGCCACGUUCUUACAUCUAUUGGGGAGAAACUCGAGCCGAAUGAGUUCGAUGCGUGGAUCUGUAAGGUUGAUGUCUUGCCGGAUGGCACCAUUUGUUACAAGGACUUCAUCCUACGCAUGGUCGCCAAGUGAUCAUGUUUCGUGGUAUUUAAGAGCCAACGACUUUCAUUGCCGAUGGAAGAACGAUCGUAGAAUUCUUGGAGGAGAAGAAGAAGAGACUGGAGUUGCCAGACGUUGCCGACGCUACCUCCGUUUCCUUAUUUUGACUCGAACGAACGAAGCGUUGCAAAGACAGGACAGUGUAGACGGAGCCCUCUGCAGACGGUACCUUGCCGACAGAGUGGAGCAUUGCCAAAGGACGUCGGACGCCUUAGAGCGGAGCUUUACCAAAGACAGAAGCUGUUGCAGAAGGCCCUAGCUAAAAGCGGAAGACAAAGUCGAAGCCUCGCUUUAGCUUCUAGACGCAGGAAGGAGCCGCUCGGAGGAAGACACUAGCUUGGAUGUCGGAAGGCAGGAAGAAGCCAGGAGAAGAAGUUCGCCUGAACGCUCGCUCAGACGACUCGAUCGAAAGCUCCUUCUGAUUUUCCUAUUCCGCUCAGAUCCACAGAGACGCCCCUCCCGAUUAUCUUAGACGGGCCGACAACAGCAAGAAGUCUUAAAUCAGAUUUGAGAUAUGAUUAAGACAUGAUAUCAGCCUUUAUUGCUGAUAUAAUCAAAUCAGCCUUUAUUGCUGACAUAAUCAAAUCAGCCUUUAUUGUUGAUACAAACAAAUCAGCCUUUAUUGCUGAUACAAGCAAAUCAGCCUUUAUGGUUGAUCAAAUCAGCCUUUAUUGCUAUUAUAAAUACAGUCUUCAUUGCUGGAAACCGGAGGAAUACAAGUUCACACAACCGACCUUAAUUAUCGGAAUAUUGAGGAUAGUUUUCCAUGAUCGACCUUCAUUGUCGGCUUUCUCGUGUGAUUGAUAUUCUAUCUAUAACCAAUACAGCUCUACCUCUGAGCGAGUAAUUGCAUGCUGGUUUCCAGCUUGAGGGGGAGUGUCAAAAUCUCAGUCAUCCCUUGGCAUUUGAUCUCACGGUCAGGAUGAGAAUCCGUGGGAGACUCACCUGGAUCACGCCAAUAUCCUUCUAUAUUUGGGUAGCUGAAUUAGGAAGGAUUAUAU